UGAGCGAGUCGGCUCGCUUUAUUUUCCCAAUAUAGCUUAUAACACUCGGGGUUCAGGAUUUAAAUCCUGUCCUAAAUCCUACUCCGGAGGUCGACAGCGAGAUUACUUGUCGGCCGGUUGUGUAGCAGUGUGUAAUACUGAGCCGGGUUUCUGGUGUUAUUCCUUUGUAAAUACUGUUAUUUGUAUAUACUGUAAAUGAUGACGUCCAUGGGCGGGAACCGAGCCCGGGGCAACUGGGAGCAGACACAGGGCCAGACACAGAGCCAGACACAGCACAAGCAGAGGCCUCAGGCUACUGCAGAGCAGAUCCGACUUGCACAGAUGAUUUCAGAUCACAAUGAUGACUUUGAAGAAAAGGUCAAACAGCUGAUUGACAUCACAGGCAAGGAUCAGGAUGAGUCUAUGAUCGCACUGCAUGAUUGCAACGGGGAUGUCAACAGAGCCAUCAACGUGUUGCUGGAGGGCAGCCCAGACACUGACUCCUGGGAAAUGGUGGGAAAGAAGAAAGGGGUGUCAGGUCAGAAGGAGACCAGCCAGGCAGAAACUGGAGACGAAGGAAAAGAGAACAGAGAGAAAGGAGGCGAGAAGGAUGCAGCACGUCGCAGAGGUGGAGCUCCACGCAAGGGACGUGGCGCUAGCAGGGGACGAGAGUUUCGUGGCCAAGAGAAUGGCUUAGAUGGAGGCAAGACUGGAGUAGCUGGAAGAGGUGCAGAGCGAGGCCGAAGGGGAAGAGGCAGAGGAAGGGGAGCAGUUGGAGCAUCUGGACGGCGAGGAGGCAGAUUUUCGGCACAGGGCAUGGGCCAGAAUGAUAAGGGGCCCAGAUAUGAUAUUGCAGGCAGUAGGAGAACAUUCAACCCUGCUGACUAUGCGGAGCCAGCUCAGACAGAAGAAAACUACGGAGGGGGCAGUACCUGGAACAACACAGGAAGCGUGGAGCUAGAGGAGGGAGCUAGGUUGGAAUACUCUGCAGGAGAGGGAACAAAUUAUCCACCCAAGUUUGAUUCUGCUCCUGGUGCCUGGAGGUCUGCCACAGAGGAGUGGGGCACUGAGGACUGGAAUGAAGAUCUUUCAGAGACCAAGAUAUUCACAGCUUCCAGUGUAGCGUCAGUGCCUCCGCCUCAAGAGAAUGUUACCAUCACUAAGGGACAGAGGAUUGAUCUCGCGGUGCUCCUUGGGAAGACUCCACCAUCAUCUUCCUCAGAGACAGAAAAUGCCCCCAUGGAGGCCACCCAGCCCCCCUCUUUGUCCCAGUCACUGGUUUUCAGCAACUCCAAGCAAGGAGUGCCCCUCUCUCAAACAUCCUCCAGCACCCCUUACACCCAGCACAACAUGGUCAGCAUGCUGAGCAAGGGUUUUGGGGAAGUGGGGGAACCUAAAGGAGCUAGCACAGGGACCACUGGGUCCCAGUUUUUGGAGCAGUAUAAAACAGCCCAGGCACUGGCCCAGCUGGCAGCCCAGCAUUCCCAGACUGGACCCCCCAACACAACCCCUUCAUCAUGGGACACCAGUGCUGCCUCACUGGGACAAUAUGAUAUGAAGGCUCAACCAGAGUCUGCAAUUCAUGCGCCCUUUACAAAGAGGCAGCCCUACCAGGCCACCACCUCAACCUCGUCCAUGUUGGAUGUUUUCCUGCAGGACAAAGGCCUGCCUCCUUCCUCUUCUGUCUCCUCAUCAUCUUCCUUACCACAACAAACAACAUCCUCUCCCCAUGUGGUGCCUCCACCUGCUUCCUCCCUUCCUAAAAUGGCCGGAGUCCCUUCUCUAGGUCAACAAGUUUCCCCAAGCUCCUCAGAUGCCCAGGGUUCAAGUCCUCUGCCUUUGCAGCAACACAAAAUCAAACAGCAGAAGAAGAGGGCCUCCAUUAAUACAAAGAUUCCAGCAAUGGCAGUAGAGAUGCCUGGCUCAACAGACAUCUCAGGCCUGAAUCUUCAGUUUGGAGCGCUGCAGUUUGGGUCUGAACCAGUUCUACCAGAGUACGAGUCCUCCUCUGCCACCACGACACCAGGCAACCAGGUCCAGAACAGUCUCUACACAAGCCCCAGCAGUGAGUCAACUCCAGUUCUCUCCAACUCCAGCCAGAUGGACCUGUACGAUCAGAGACCAUCUCAAACACGACGUUACCCUCCUUCAGUCUCCUCCUCCCCUCAGAAGGAUUUGCAGCCCAAGAAUGGCUUCAGUUCAAUACAGGCAGCGCAAUCCGUGGAAGCUGCAGCAGGCUCUGCAGUAUCAGUCAAGCCGGCCUCUGACUCGGUCACGCCAGCAUCGGUCUCCAGCAUGGGCACUUUAACAGACAGCAGCUCAGCCUCCUUGUUGACUACAGCCAAUCAGACGCCCCUUAGUGCUCUGGGUCACAAUGAAGACUUGCCUCCAAGCAGCAUGGCCCCUCCUCAGCACAACAACUCUCACCCAUCACAACAGAACAGUCUGACUCCAUCUGUUCGGACAUCGAACUCAGGCUUACUGCAUCCCAGCGUCGAUGGAGACUCGAGCCUGCAUUCUUCAUCCUUCCCUUCCUCUGUCUCAGCCGUGCCGUCUUCAUCAGUCCCCUGCUCCUCUUCCUCUGUGGCUGCUGCACAGGUGUCCUUAGGGGCUCCUCAGGCCUCCUCAGUGGGCUCUGCCACAGUUUCAGCUCCCUCGGGCCUAGGCCCCGUCAGCAGUCUGGCCAUGGGCCUCAACACUGCCUCUAUGGGUGCCCCAGUAGCAGCAGCUGCCGCCGCCACUGCUUCAGUCUCCACAGCGGCCUCGACCAUUCCGUCUUCAGCAUCUUCGUCAUCAACACGCAGCUCUGCAGCAUCCUCAGGGAAAGCACCUCCAAACCUUCCACCCGGAGUGCCCCCUCUACUGCCCAACCCAUACAUUAUGGCCCCUGGACUACUGCAUGCCUACCCUCCUCAGGUGUACGGCUAUGACGAUCUACAGAUGCUACAGACAAGAAUACCGCUGGAUUAUUACAGCAUUCCCUUUGCAGCAACACCCACAACAGCACUGACAGGCAGAGAGGGCAGCUUGACAAGCAACCCUUAUUCUGGUGACUUAUCAAAGUUUGGUCGAGCUGAUGCCUCUUCUCCGGCUCCAGCUACCACAUUAGCUCAGACACAACAGAAUCAGAGCCAGACGCAUCACACCACACAGCAGCCCUUCCUGAAUCCUGCGCUGCCGCCAGGCUACAGCUACACCAGUCUCCCGUACUACACUGGCAUGCCAGGAUUGCCCAAUACCUUUCAGUAUGGACCUGCUGUGUUUCCGGUGGCUCCUACCUCGUCAAAACAGCACGGUGUGAAUGUCGGCGUCAAUGCCUCGGCCACACCCUUUCAACAGGCUAGUGGCUAUGGUUCCCAUGGAUACAGCACUGGCUAUGAGGAUGUGGGCCAGGCUUCAGGGAGUGGGGAUUUCUGUAAGGGCGGAUACGGCACUGCCGUGGCCGCUGCUGCUUCUGCACAAAACAAGCCAGCCAGCUCUGUCACCGGGCCUGGAGUCGGAGUCUCUGUGACAUCAAGCAACACAGGAGUACCAGAUAUUUCAGGGUCUGUUUACACAAAGACGCAGUCGUUUGAGAAGCAGGGCUUCCACGCCGGGACGCCAGCCGCAUCAUUCAGCCUGCCCUCUGCGCUGGGCAGCGGGGGCCCCAUCAACCCUCCUGCUGCUGCCGGCUACGCUCCAGCUCCAUUCAUGCAUAUCCUGACACCACACCAACAACCCCACUCUCAGAUUCUGCACCACCACCUGCAGCAAGACGGACAGAGCGGCACUGGACAGCGCAGCCAGAACGCCUCCAUCCAACAGAAGUCUCAGAUCAACAAGUCGGCGUACAACAGCUACAGCUGGGGGGCAAACUAACAUCCACUCACGGGACCCCACCCCGCGCAGUGUCAAAAAGCUGGGAGGGGUGGGAGGCUCUUCACUCCUUCGGCAAAUAAGUCUCCACGUAUAAAUCCCCGCUUCCUCCUGCAAAGAUUUCCCUCCAGUCUCUUGGCCCAGCACUCCCACAGCUCUGAUUGCAGUCAGAGGAGGUGCUGUGCCGAGAGAACGAGCACUGUUAAUGAUGCAUGGAUGGAUGGAUGGGUGGGAGGGACAGGAGGGGCUUUAAAAGUGAGGGGCGAUCGGAGAUAAAUGGUGAUAGAAGCAAACCAUCAAGAGGGUGAAAUACUAAGUGUUGGGAAUUUGUAUCGUAUUAAUCUUCCCGCCCCUUGCCCCCCCCCCCAACAUUUUUUUCCUUUCACUUGUAACAUAGAACUGUUUUUCUAAAAGAAUGAACGUUUCCUGUAUGGUCUUUUUUUUUUUUUUUUUUGUCUUUUCCCAUUUUUUUCCCCACUGAAGGGGAGGAAUGAAGUAAUCUCUAAAAGGGGGUGGGGGCAGGCUGGUUUUGUAUUUCAGACCCUCAACUCCCUGUUACUUAAUUUUGACGGAAAUUCUUCCCUCCUGAACAAUUUCCGAACACAAUAAUUUGCCGUUUACUUUUUUAUGUUUUGGGUUUUUUUUGUUUUUGUUUUGUUUUUUUAUGUCAUUUUAAGUUUGCAGAAACAAUUCUAUAAAUUGGUAGAGUUGUGAAGUUUAUUUUUUACCGAAUAUAGAUAUAUUAUAUAUAAAGACAUAUAAGCAAGCUCACUGGCUUUGACUGUGAGGAAAAAGUGUGUUUGUCAUGUGACUGCGUGCAUGUUUGUACACACGGGGGGCCAUGGUUGCGUACUGUGCUUGGGUUUUUGUUUUGUUUUUGUUUUUUUUGCCUAGCACAGGAUUUGUUUUUGUUUUUUCAUUAUCCAACACUUGUACAGUAACUUUUCCCAUUAAUUAUAAAUAUUUCAUAAGGCCCCUCUUAUUUUGAAACAUGAGAAUGAUUUCCAAGGCCAAUACACACCCAGUCUGCCUUCCAGUGUGAAUAAUUUUGUUUCUGAGGCCCUCCCUGCCCCGCCACCUGUCCCCCCAACAUUGUAAGGAAAUCUGCAGCAUUGAAUACUGAUGGACAGAAUUGUACUAUGGGUUUUUUCUUUUUUUUGUCAGUGAUUUUUUUUUUCUUUUUGUACUGUGCGUUUUAAAAAAAAAAAAAAAGUUUAAAUGGAUAAACUUGUCUUGUACAUAUAUAAAAAAAAAAACACAAGUACUGUAGUCCCUGUUUGUUCGAUGGCUUUCUUCUUUUCCUUCUUAAAUCCUUGCAGACUUGUUAGCUUUGUUUUUUUGUUUUUUUUAUUUUGUAAAAAUAUAUAAAUAUUAAGUAAAUAAACAAGAAAAAGACAUUUUCAUCAUUUUGGAUGUGAAUGUCUUUUUAAGAAACUACA